AUGCACGAGACACGUCUUCAACUUCAAAACAGCUUCUCUUCGCUAGAGGUUGCUGUAGCUUGGGCAGUCUUGCUCAAGGACUAUGCCGGUUCAUCAAAUUUCUCGUUUUGGGCCACCGGUUGCACAUCUCCAGGCCACUCCAGGAACAUUCGUCUAGAGAUAGACGAGACAGAAACACUCGACCAGCUUUCCAAAAAGUUGCAAAGGCAGCUCUCAGAGAGAUAUGAUGCUGCACAAACAGAUCAAAUCUCGAUUUUUCAAACGCAUUUACAUAUCAUUCCCACAGAGUCGGAGAUGGGAAACGGCUGUGAGUACUCGGAAACUACAGGGUCAAACCACGGAGUUGGCACAUUACUAUCAAAUGCGAAAAUCGACUUCACAUUGAAAUGUUUUAUCCUAGAACAAGGCCGAGCAGUGAACAUGAUUGCAGCGCCGAAUGAUUCCACCAGUAGUGGCGCCCAGGGGCUGCGUAUUCUGCAACAAUUCGAGCAUGUGCUUCACGAAAUUGAUUCACUGUCAAAAGACUGGAGCAGCAAGCAUGUGUAUAAAAUAAGCACAGCCAGUUAUUGGGACAUCAGCACCGUAUGGAACUGGAACUCCUCCAUUGAAGCUCCCGAGCCCAGAACUACGCUCCAGGUGUUCGCUGAACAUGUAGCUAAGCAACCGGAUUCACCUGCGGUCAAUGCAUGGGACGGCAAAUUCACAUAUGCGGAGUUAGAUCAACUGUCAAAUGAAUUUGCGUCGCACCUGAGCCAUGAUGCCGGCAUCGGACCAGGGAACAUCGUCCCUUUAUGCUUUGAGAAGUCUAAAUGGACGCCUGUUGCCAUUCUAUCCGUGAUAAAGACAGGAGCCAUGUUUGCCUUGUUAGAUGAAAAUCUUCCAGACGACAGACUGCGGCAAAUAGCACGGGUCAUUAGCCAAGAAACGAUCCUGGCACUUUCAUCGGCUUCACAGAAGCACCGGGCAGAGCUUGUUGCGUCGCGGGUUGUUAUUGUUGAUUCUAACCAUCCGGAAACUACGCCCCCGCCAACUGCAAAUCCACAGAGGGAACUUGAAAUCGGACCCUCGACUCCGUUAUAUGUUGUGUUCACUUCAGGGUCGACGGGAAUUCCCAAGGCUGCUUUACUAUCACACAACAACAUAUGUACUUUUGUCACAUUGGUAAGCGCUUUGAGUGAUGUGACACCGCGGUCAAGGGUUCUUGCGCUCGCUUCAUAUGCAUAUGAUGUCUCGCUCGGCGACAUAUUCAUCAGCUUGCUGACCGGGGCUUGUUUAUGCAUCCCUUCAUCCUGGGAAUGUAAAAACGACGUGGGUCGGGUGGUGCAAAACUAUGGGAUUACACGCGCUAUGAUGACACCCUCUGUUUCUAAGAUGUUGCGUCCGUCUGAAUCACCUACGUUAGAAGUUUUGGAUCUAUGCGGUGAACCGUGCAGUGAAGAUGCCGUAGCCAGAUGGCGGGGAACUAACACCCGAGUUAUGAAUACAUACGGUCCAGCUGAGUGCACGGUAACUACUGUGUUGAAUUAUAAUGUCCUUCUUUCAAAAAGACCGACUAUUAUUGGCAAGGGAUUAGGUGCCUGCUGGAUAACGGAUCCGAUUGACCAUGAUCGACUGACACCGGUUGGAGGAAUAGGGGAACUCGUUUUGGAAGGUCCACAAAUUGGCCUGGGAUACCUUCAUGACGAAGAAGCUACACAAGCAAAGUUCUUUUAUGAUGCGCAGUGGUUGCACGACCGGAUGUCCGGUCUUGAAAAUGAGCGCACAGGGCGCCUAUAUCGUACCGGUGAUCUUGUCCGGUAUACAGAUCAUGGAGAGAUUGAUUACAUCGGUCGCCGUGACAUGCAAGUCAAGAUCCGGGGGCAGAGAGUAGAGCUCGGAGAGAUCUCUGUUCAUUUACAAGACCUUAUUCCCCCUUCAAUUCAGUGGUGUCCAGAGGUUAUAAAGCUGCAGAGUGGAGCCGAGCUGCUCGUUGUAUUCCUUGUUGUUGAUCUUGUGAACAAGCCACAGAGUCAAUUUUCGGAAAGCCUGAAACCGUUAGUUGAUCGUGUCAACACAGAACUUCAGAGCAAACUGCCUCCAUCUAUGAUUCCAAGUGCGUACGCAGCAAUUGACAGAAUUCCACUCUCCCUGUCCGGCAAGGUAGAUCAUAGGAAGCUCAGAGAAAUGGGGCUAUCACUCCCAGUAUCUCGCUGUAUAGUAUGGCAGAACAAGGCCAUGGAUGCGUUGGAGACUAAUGGCCAUCCGUAUUCCACCACAAACUACAAUGGAACAGCCAUCAGAAGUGGCUAUGUUAAUGGAAGUAGCCAGGGGCCCGAAGAAGGAACAAAGCAACAAAAUGGAAACGGGGAAAUUUCCAAGCUGGAGCUACUUAGGCACGUUUGGAGCGAUGUUCUUCACGUUGACAUAGAGUCAAUUCACCCUUCAGAUACAUUUUUUUCUCACGGUGGCGAAUCGUUAACGGCUAUCAAAUUUGUCAGUACAGCAGCCAAAGUUGGUAUCCAGCUCGAUGUCGCUACGAUCUUUGGAUAUCCACGACUGUCGGAUUUAGUAAUUAAAAGCAAGUGGUCUCACACAUCACUUCCAAGGCCCCCUGGCAAUUUCUCACUUCUAAAAGCGAAAGAAUCUCUAGAGGAGAUUAGUUCUCUGUGUCAAACUAGCAUUGAAAAUAUAGAAGACUCAUAUCCUUGUACGCCACUGCAGGAAGGAUUAAUUGCCAAUUCGGUGAAGUACGUUGGCCGUGGAACUUUUGCAUUGCCCAAGCACAUCAACCUUGAACGGUUUGCACAAGCAUGGAAGCGUGUCGCAACCACUCACCCAAUUCUUCGAACCCGGAUCGUUGAUACGGAAUCCAAUGGCCUUGUGCAGGUGGUCUUGCGUGAGGAGAAUUUGUUCUCGGAAAUUCGAACUCAGCCUCUAGCAACCUAUCUCAAAGAGGACAAUCAUAAGCAAAUGGGACUAGGUACAGAGCUUUGCCGCUGGGCCAUUGUGCGUGACCUUGGUUCAGUUUACUUUGUGUUGACCAUGCAUCACGCUAUUUAUGAUGGUUGGACUCUUCCACGAAUUGGAGCAGAGGUUUUCCGUGCUUAUCAAGGAGUCCGGAUUGAACAAAGUGUAGGGUUCAAUGUUUUUAUUAAACAUGUCACUUCAAUCCCAUUGGAACCAGCAGUAGAGUUUUGGACACGCCAGCUAGCAAAGCCAGAAAGCAUAGUAGCAUUUCCAUCCCUGCCACAUGAAGUCCGUCAGCCUAGGGCCGAUUCGAUGCUAUCGAAAGCUUUCCCGACUCCAUCGAAUGCUAACCAGGGUGCAUCAAUUCCUUCGCUAUUGAGAGCUGCGUGGGCCUUAUUAGUAUCGAAGCAUUCCGGGAGCGACGAUGUCAUCUUUGGCGCAACCGUCUCUGGUCGCAACGUUGCAAUAAACGGCAUCGAAGACCUUCUCAGCCCUACCAUAUCAACUGUUCCUGUUCGGGUCAAAAUAGAUACGAAUGCCAGCGUGAGAAGUUUCGUUGCUGCUGUUCAAAACCAAGCCUUGGAGACCAUGCCAUUUGAAAACCUGGGCUUGCGCAGAAUUCGAAAACUGAACGCGAUAACACGAGAAGGAAGCAAAUUCCAGACUUUGUUCAUUGUUGAUCCCCCAAAUGAAUUCCAUGUUAACACACCAUCUUCCCUAAGUCCAUCGGAUCGAGAACUUAAACACAUGCUAGAACAACUCGAUGAUACACUAAGUGAGACAUUGUCGAACUUCAACGAAUAUGGUUUGAUGAUAGUCAUUACCCAGAAGAAUGGCCAGUUGCAAGUCAAAGCCAGUUAUGAUUCACGAGUUUUGAAUAACACUGAGGUGCAGACUUUACUUGAUCAAUUCGCGCACGUGGCAGAUGCAAUUGGUCGCAGCAGUAAUCUCACACGCAGCCUUAGAGAGCUGCAGCUGGCCAGUGGAUCUGACAUCGACAAAAUCUGGCAGUGGAAUAAGGAAAUAUUUUCUGUCGGGGAGGAAAGCGUCCAUGAGAUUAUUGCUAGAACCAUCAAGCUUCAACCAGAAGCGCAGGCUAUCGCGGCUUGGGAUGGAAGUGCAAGUUUCAGCGAAGUGGAUGAACUUUCUUCACGACUUUGUCAUACCUUACGCGAAAAAGGUAUAGGUCGGGGUAGUUUAGUACCAAUUUGCAUGGAAAAAUCGAUGUGGGCAACCAUUGCCAUGCUUGCCAUCCUAAAAACAGGUGCUGGGUUUGUCGCAAUGGACGUCAAAAACCAGCCAAGGAAGCGUUUGCAGACUAUUGUGGAAGAGGUAGAGGCAAGAUGCGUUAUUACCACAGGCCCGACAACAGAAUUGGCACGAAAGCUGUGCAAAGAGGUCAUAGUUUGUGAAGAGGUCAACGGUAGUGGUACCAAUGAUACACUUAAUUAUUCCUCGCAAUCUAUAGCAUCUGACACCGCUUUUGUCGUGUUCACGUCCGGAAGCACUGGUGUCCCUAAAGGCAUAGCUAUCACUCAUGGAAAUUUCUCAUCAACAGUUCGGCAUCAUGCUCGCGAAUUGAAGUUGACAAAAGAUUCGCGAAUAUACGACUUCGCAUCUUACAGCUUCGAUAUAGCAGUUCAUAACGCUCUGAUGGCGUUGUGCCUGGGAGGAUGCCUAUGCGUCCCCAGUGAAGGUGACAGAGAGAAUGACAUCGAGGGCUCCUUUUCGCGCUUGACUGCCAAUUGGGCAGAUAUCACCCCAUCAGUUGCACGCCUGAUCGAUCCGAGUGCAGUUCCUGGACUGCAAACUCUUGUUCUUAGUGGAGAAGCCGUUAGCAAAGAUGUCGUGCAACAGUGGUCUAAGAAGGUCAAUCUCAUAAAUGCCUAUGGCCCAGCAGAAUGCCAAAUUUGCACAGUACAGGGAGCUGUUACGAACAUUGAGAACGCAGCCGACAUUGGCCAUGCAGUUGGCUGCGUAGCAUGGAUCGUUGACGUUGGAACCGACAACUUGUCGCCAAUUGGUGCUACAGGGGAACUUGUAAUUGAAGGGCCUAUUGUCAGCCCAGGCUACCUGAAUGCCCCGAAUGACAAUUUCAUUCGUGAUCCAUCAUGGCUGUCAGAAGGCUCUGCCUCGGUGACUGGGAGACGUGGCUAUCUCUAUCGAACCGGAGACUUGGCUCGUUAUCGAUCUGAUGGAACAAUUGUCUAUAUGGGCCGCAUUUCUACACAAGCUAAGAUAAACGGUCAGCGCAUCGAGCUGGGCGAAGUAGAGUUCCAUGUCAAGACCGCGGACCCUUCACUCAGAGAAGUAGUGGCUGAUGUUCUCAAUGUAGAUGGAACUGAUGUCCUCACGGCAUAUCUAGUUACUUCUCACGACAGUCAAUGGCAUACCUAUACCGGGAGCGCUGAAAAUGAUGCAGGGUCUAUAGUUGAGCCAGUUUCUCCUCCACCAGGGCUACAGCAAACCCUAAGAACUUCUCUUCCUACCUACAUGGUCCCUAGUCUUUUUCUAAAAACAUCCAACAUUCCCCUCACGCCAACACGAAAAGUAGAUCGUAAGCGAUUGAAAGAUGACGCUUCUAAUAUAUCAUGGGAUUACAUUCGCCAAAUGACAGAGCAAAAAGCGGAUGCUGGAGGAAGAGCCUUCAGUCAGCGACAGCUUACCCUCGCUCAUAUAUGGUCGAGUGUGCUCAGAAUCGAUAUCACAAAAAUUACAACGCAAAGUGACUUUUUCCAGCUGGGCGGCGAUUCUAUUUCAGCAAUGCGCCUGGCGAAGCACUCACGCAACAUAGGAUUAUCGUUAACGGUUGCAGACGUGUUCCGACACUCUCAACUUGAAGAGAUGUCCAAGUUGGUCACGGAGAUAACAGAAGAGGAGAUUAUACCUGGCACGAUACAGCCAUUUUCUCUCAUCCCAGGGGCUUCAAGGGACGUGUUGGUUUCAUCAGCAGCCGCUGUCUGCAAUAUAUCUCGAGAUGCAAUUGUCGAUAUUUACCCAUGCACGGCUUUCCAAGAGGCAGUGUUUGCGCUGACAGCGGGGAAUUCGUCUGCCUACGUGCAACAUACAUUGCUCAGAUUCGGCAACGGUCUAGUUGUCGAGCAUGUAUUAGAGGCUUGGAAUGCUGUGGUUGAUGCUAAUAACAUCUUACGAACUAGACUUGUCCAGUCUGAAGAUGCUCAGUUAUUUCAAGUAGUUGUUCGUCAGCAGGGAAAGCCAUGGAGAUGGUACGACAGUACCGAGGAUUAUCUUCGUGAGACAGCAAAGAUACCCAUGGGAUUAGGGAAUGAGCUUUCUCGCUUUGGAAUCGUUCGUGACAAAUCCACGACGGAGAAACCUUCAUAUAUCCUCAUAUGGACAAUGCACCAUGCUGUUUACGAUGCAUGGACAAUGGAUAUCAUUCUACGUCAAGUUUCCGAAUAUUAUCAGUCUCACAAUCUCGGUACAGUAAGUCCUAAUUACAAUGUUUUUGUAGACUUCAUUCAGCAUCAGGAGCAUACGAGUGUGAAGUGGUGGGAACAAUAUCUUUCUGGCGCUUCCAAUGCAUCAUACUUCCCAAAAACGCCAAUGUCUAUAAACGGAGAUGCAGUGAAUAGCCUAACGAGGAAAGAAUUUGGCUUACCCCAAAGCAUCCCUCCAGGGUACUCGCCGGCAGUGCUUUUGCGUGCUGCAUGGGCUAUUCUAAUGGCUCGCCAUACUGGUGGCGAAAGUGUUGUCUUUGGUGAGACACGUCUUGGCCGCAAUGUUCCUGUUAAAGACGUGGAGAAAAUGCCUGGCCCGACAAUUGCGUCCGCCCCAAUCUUUCUCCAUGUCGACCGGGAACAGACAAUUAAGAAGCUUUUGGAUACCCUGCGAGAAGACGGCAUUCAAAUGCAAGAGUUUGAACAUCUUGGUCUUCAGAAUAUAUCUCGCAUCAGCGAAGAUGCUCGUGCAGCGUGCAAUUUCCAAACACUUCUUGUCUUCCUGGAAACCGAAGACAGGAUCGAUGGAGACUCCAUAUUUGAGGUUGAUGACACAAUCGAUGAUAUUCGCAAUUUCAACAACAAUUAUCUUCUCAUAUAUUUGAAUUUAACAAGGACGAGCCUGGUUACGGAAGCUGUUUUCCGAGAAUCCGCCAUCUCUGCAGGAUAUGUAGAUCUGAUUCUUCAACAACUUCAUUCCAUUUUCUCGACUAUAUGUGUUCUGCCGCUGGAAACGCUUGUCAACCAGCUUGACGUGGCCAGUGAGCAGGAUUUGUCCCAAAUCUGGGACUGGAAUGCAACUCCGGCAGAGGCAGUGGACGCAUUCAUUCAUGAGCUUAUCGCUCAAAACGCACAACAAUAUCCAGAAAAGAUGGCUGUGAUUGCUCAUGAUGGUCAGAUGACUUACCGAGAACUUGAUCAAUACUCAAACAACUUAGCUGCCCAAUUGAUUGCGCGAGGAAUUGGUUUGAAUACAUUUGUGCCUCUGUGUUUUGAAAAGUCUGUUUUGGUGCCCGCUGCGAUGCUAGCGGUCGUCAAGACUGGGGCUGCCUUCUGGGUUAUGGAUGUCUCUUAUCCUGAGAGCAGGCUCAAGUUGAUCACUGAAGCCUUGGGGGCGAAGUUGGUCCUUUCGAGCCCGUUGCAAAUUGAUUUGGCUAAACGACUUGGUCAAAAUACUCUUCUUGUGGAUGAAAGUGCUUACAAAGACUCCACAGAGCUCAGCACACAUCCCAUAAUCGAGAGCUUGCCCCGGAAUACUGACCGCUUGAUGUACGUUUGCUUCACAUCAGGAAGCACUGGGGUUCCGAAAGGUGUGAUGGUAACGCAUAAAAACCUUGCCUCGGCUGCCGUGGCUCAGACCAGGGAGCUUGAUUUCGUCAAGGAGGAUAGGGUGUAUGAUUUCUCAUCCCACGCUUUUGACGCAAACAUAUGGCAUUUCUAUCUAGGUUUUGUUAUCGGAGCCUGUGUGUGUAUUCCUUCCCAGGAAGAUCGCACUGGAAACCUGGCAGGAAGCAUCACGGGCUUCAAAAGCACUGCACUAUUUUUAACACCAUCUGUAGCUCGUACCCUCGACCCUAAAGAUGUACCCACUGUGAAGAGACUAUAUCUAGGAGGAGAAGCCGUGACUCCUCUGGAUGUAUCAAUGUGGAAAGACUCGCUAGAACUCUGGGGAGCAUACGGACCAACGGAAACGACGCCAUUGUGCAUAUUCACUCGUCUUUCUACGCCUGAAUCUGCGUCUAACAUUGGACGAGGAGUUGGUGUCAGGUCAUGGGUCGUCAAUCCAAACAACCACGAAGAAUUGGUGGCCAUUGGAGCCGUAGGAGAGAUGGUCAAUGAGGGGCCGUUAGUCACUUCAGGUUAUUAUGAACAGCCUGAAAAAACAGUCAAGGUGUUUAUUGAAGACCCAGAGUACCUUCAACGUGGAUACAAAAACCAUACUGGACGACGAGGCAGACUUUACAAGACGGGAGAUCUAGUCAGGCAGUGUUAUGACGGUACUAUCCAAUACCUAGGACGCGCAGACACCCAAGUCAAAUUGAGAGGCCAGAGAGUCGAAUACGGCGAAAUUGAAUACCACCUCAAACGUGCUUUACCGUAUGCCUCGUCAAUUUGUGAGGUUGUUAUUCAUCCGUCUUCAGGUCGUCCCAUGCUUGUCGCUUUUUGCGUCGUUCCUGCAGAUGCUCCGUUCGACAAACAGUCAACUAGGGCAUACCUCAGCAAGAGACUGCCACCGUAUAUGGUACCGGAGUUCUUCCUCAUCAUCUCAGAGAUUCCGAGAAACCCUUCUGGCAAGGUUGAUCGCCUAAAAUUGAGAGCAUUAGGACCUGAGCUUCUACUUACAUCCACUGCACAAGAAAGCGAGGUUGGUGUGGAACCCCUCAAUGGGCCUCUUACGGAGGUUGAGACCUUGUUGGGCACACUGUGGGCUACAGCUCUUGGGCAAAAGUCUAUCCUGCUCCCACCUGAUGCUGACUUUGUGGACGUGGGAGGCGACUCUAUUGCGGCUAUGAAACUAUCAAAUCUGUCACGCAAACAGGACCUUGGCUUAACAGUCGCCGAUAUCAUCAAAUACCCAAAACUGUCUUCGAUGGCCCUGAGGAUUCACUCUGUGCGAACCUGGUCCAACUCUCCAGCGCCAUUUUCCAUGAUAGACCCAGUGAAACGGAAAGAUAUCCUGAUAAACGCUGCUACCACUUGUAGUGUCUCCGUGGAGGAUAUCGCAGAUAUAUAUCCUUCCACACCACUGCAAACUGAGCUCGUUGCUCUGACAUUGAAACAACCCCAAGCCUACAUAAAGCGGUCUGUUUAUGAUAUUCCAGAAAACGUUGAUGUUGAUAAGCUUGUCCAAGCCUGGGAUAUUGUUGUUAACACCAAUGCUAUUCUGCGUACUAGAUUCGUCGAAAUCGAGGGCGAGGGUCUCGUACAAGUAGUUAUCAGGAGACAUACAUGGAGCAGGUAUCAUAGUCUACAAGCUUAUAUUGAAGCAUCGAGUAAGGAUAGCAGAGACCUGGGCAAUUCGCUAUCGCAGCUAGCAAUCAUCGACGGCUCUGAGCCUCCAAAGAUUGUAUGGACAAUACACCAUGCCCUCUACGACGAAUGGUCUACCUUAAUUAUUGAGGAACAGCUCCGCCGGGCAUAUCAAGACCGUAUAAUUCACAGGCCUCCGGAGUUCAACGCAUUUGUUCGUUACAUCUUAUCCCAAGACCUCGAACAGGCAAAACUAUUCUGGCAGAACCGUCUUUCUGGAUGCACUUCUGUCAACGUUUACCCCCGAUUGCCAUCAGCAAACCAUCAAGUGCGGCCAUCAAAGACAUUUAAUCGUACGAUAAGCCUCGAUGCAGGUUCUGUUGGGAAUUUGCAGGCAAAAGUUCACGCCGCUUGGGCUCUGAUUGUUUCAAAGCUUACCGGGUCUAAUGACGUGGUAUUUGCUGCGACAUUGGCUGGACGCAAUGCUGCAGUUGAGGGCCUUGAGCAAGUGGUUGGCCCAACGAUCACACCAGUGCCUAUCCGAAUUCAAUUGCAGAAUGAAGUCCAGCAAACACAAGAACUUCUAGAUACUGUGGAGAAGGAGACGUCUGAAAUGGCGCCCUAUCAGCACAUAGGAAUCAAGAACAUUGAGAUAAUCAAUGAAGACACGCGCGCUGCUUGCAAAGUUCAAACCCUCAUUGUCAUAACGCCAAGUUCACAGUCGGGUACCGAAGACGUCGAUGCAAUAAAAACCUCUACAUAUGAAGCUGAGAGCGAGGAAGGAGAGGCUUUCCACACAUUUGCGCUUGUUUUGUUCGUCUACCCUGCGAAAAACAGUCUUGACCUGCAAGUUGUUUAUGACCCAGCCAUCCUGGACCAACGUGAAAUUAGGCGCCUCACCGGCAGAUUGGAAUUCGUCAUGUCAUCGUUCAGCAAUAAGAGUCAUAUUUCAGAGAUCGACGGUCUCGGAAAGGAAGAUCUUGAAGACAUAUUCAAAUGGAACGCCGACCUGCCCGUAUCUAGCUACCGUCUGCUUCAUAAAGUAAUUCUGGAAAGCGCAAAUGAACGCCCUGAAAAGGUCGCCAUUGACUCAUGGGAUUGUAAAUUGUCUUACUCACAACUAGACACAAUGUCAGACAAUCUGUCCUUGCAGCUAAGCAGUCAUGGACUAGGGCGAGGUUCUGUCGUUCCUAUUCUCUCUCCAAAGUCCGGCUACGUUCCUGUAGCGGCAUUGGCCGUCCUCAAGGCUGGGGCAGCUUUCUUACCCCUAGAUGUCAAGCAACCACUUAAUCGACUAGCAGCGGUUGCUAAUCAAGUGAAACCAAAAGUUAUUCUUGCCACUGCGUCGCUGAGACAGCUUGCUAACAAGCUCGCUGAGAACAUUGUUCUUAUCGAAUCGUGCAUCGAGCCUGCUGUCACUGGAACAAACCAUCUAGAACACAUUGAUACUGUCCAGCUCGAUGAUAAUGCCUGUAUUCUCUUCACAUCUGGCACCACAGGGACCCCCAAAGGUGUUAUGCAAACCCAUCGAGCUCUAUCAUCAGCCAUUGAACAUCAAACUGAAAAGUCCGGCUUCACAGAACAAACAAGAGCCUUUGAGUUUGCUUCAUACAGUUUCGAUGUCAGUUGGAAUAUGAUAUUCAAGGUUCUCACUGUCGGCGGCACCCUCAUUGUACCAAGUGAAGAAGAAAGACAAAAUGACCUUUCUGGAGCAUUGAUUAGAUCAGCUGCUACCCUCACCGAGCUCACAGCUUCAGUUGCCCGCUUACUUGAUCCAAGUCGACUCCCCGAUAUCGAAACCCUUAUUCUGUCUGGUGAACCUGUUGACAUUCGGGAGUUCGAGCAUUGGAAACCAAGUGUACGCGUGAUUAUCUGCUAUGGGCCUUCGGAAUGUACAUCAGUUGCAACCAUGAAUCCUGGUAUGCCAAAUGCUUCCAGUCAUGCUGGCAUUGGAAGGGGUUCCGGAUGUUUGACAUGGAUCGUCGACCCACAGAACUACCGCCGACUGAUGCCGGUUGGAGCAGUAGGUGAGAUCCUUAUCCAGGGUCCGAUUGUGGGCAAAGGAUACUACAACAAUGAAUCUUUGACCAAAGCAUCAUACCUAGCUUCUGACCUUCCGUGGCAGCAGUCUGUUGGUCAUGGCCCAGAACCGUACUCCAAAUCAAUGUUCCUCUCCGGUGACCUGGCACGAUACGAUGAAAAUGGUAACCUGCAUUUUGUUUCUCGUAAAGACCUCCAAGUCAAGCUCCACGGUCAGCGAAUUGAACUCGAAGAGGUCCAAUAUCAUAUCAGCAAGCUUCUAACGGGCCACGUUGGGCCAGUGAUAUGUUGCAUUCUGGGACAGUCAAGAUUAGGGGAGGAUCAAAAGUUGGCGGCUUUCCUCGUCGCUGACAAGGCGGACACAAACGGCGUAUGCGAAUUGACGGACCCCCAACAGAUUGUAAUAAGUGCACUGGAAAGGCUGGACGAACACACUGGGGCCAUUCUUCCAAAAUAUAUGGUACCCUCGGUGUACUACUUUAUCACGACUCUUCCUCGCACCAACAAUGGCAAGGUUGAUAGAAGGAAACUCAUCGAACUAGCGGAGAAUGCACAAGUAAACCAAACAUACAGAGGCAGAACAGACCAACAAAGUACCCGUCGAAAACCGUCUACUCCAAAUGAGAGGGCAAUGCAAGAGCUAUGGGCAGCAGCUCUGAGGAUUCCUAUAGAAGAAAUCGGAGCAGAUGAUCAUUUCUUCAAUCUUAACGGCGACUCAAUCUCCGCAAUGAAACUUGUUGCUGCUGCUCGCAACAAGGGUUUCGAUCUACGAGUAGCGGAUAUAUUCGCCACGCCUAAACUUUCGGAGCUGUCUGUGAAUCUUGAGAAGAAAGACAAGAAAUCGAAUCCCGGUUCGUGCUCAAUUGAGCCUUUCCAGCUGCUUGGGGACUCAGCAGACGUUGCGUCGGUUUGCUCCGAGGCGGCUGCCAAGUGCGGCAUAGAAGCUCGUGAGGAUAUUGAGGAUGUCUAUCCAUGUACGCCUCUUCAAGAGAGCAUGCUGGCUGCUACUAUUAGGUAUCCACACUCCUUCAUUAGCAUGAGGUUAUAUCGACUUCCCAAGUAUAUCGACGAAGCUAAACUCCGUAAUGCUUGGACGAGAGUGGUCCACCGACAUCGCAUUCUUCGCACUCGCCUUGUUGAUCUCGAGGACCAUGGUCUCAACCAAGUGGUCAUCAAUGAGACAUCAAUCGCAUGGGACAAAUACGACAGCAUGCAUGCAUUCCUGCAGCAAACUCAGGAUUUUGACAUGGGCCCGGCCACACGACUCACCAGGUGGUCAUUUAUCAACGCAUCUGAUGAGAAGCGUUAUCUAGUUUGGACCAUUCAUCACGCUACGUAUGACGGCUGGAUUCUUCCCAUCAUUGAAGCUGAGGUUCGGAAAGCAUACUAUGGAGAAAAAUUAGAAGUUGCUCCUCUAGAUAUGCGACCCCUGGUGAAAUACAUCUUGACACAACGAAAAGAGGACUCCAUGUCCUUCUGGAGUCGACAACUUGCAGGUGCAGAAGAAAGCAGCGUGUUCCCAUCACUUCCCUACCAUAACUAUGAUCCGACCCCCGCAACGUACUUGGAAAGAACUAUAUCCGCAGACGUCAGCUCUGCCUCGGGCAUUAUCGGCCUUUCUGGUUUGUUAUAUGGCAGUUGGUCCGCCAUAGUAUCUCACGUCACCGGAAAUCAAGUAGUUUCAUUGGGAACAAUCCUCACAGGACGCAAUGCCCUAAUCGACGGAAUAGAUAGAGUGAUUGGUCCGGCCGUUACAACUGUGCCUAUUCUGGUCGAUGUCAAUCCGAAGUUGGGGGUGCGAGAAUUCGUGGCAAGGAUACAGGACAUGACAGCUCGAUGGAUACCACACGAGCAUCUCGGCAUCCACGCAAUACGCGCCAUUGACGAUUCAUGUCGGGCAGCCUGCAAUUUCCAGACCGUGCUAGUAAUACAACCUCCUAGAAGAAGCCAGUACGUCGACUAUGGUGCUACGAAGGACGCGAUAAUGGAAGAAGUUGACGAGACAGAGAUUGAAGGCUUCCCUAACCAGCACUCUGUGCUCAAUCAGUAUGGUUUAAUGAUGGAGAUCUUACCAAUUGACGAUAAAGUCACUGUUCGUGCUAGUUUUGACUCAAACCUCAUUUCGAGCGCACAGAUUGAUCGCUUGAUCAACCGGUGGGAGUAUAUGAUACAACAAAUCUCUCUCAUUCUUAGAUCCGGACUCCCAGAUACGGUUUCCUCGCUAAAUUCCACAUGCGAACAAGAUCUUAACGAUAUUUGGGCAUGGAACAAGAUUGUUCCAAUGUCUGUUUCUCCUGACCGAUUUGUCUGUCAAAUGAUACAAGAAAUCGCCAAUCAACAACCAGAGACGCUAGCAAUCGACGGCUGGGAUGGAAAAUUCACAUAUAGCAGGCUAGAUGUAUUAUCGUCACGUCUUGCCCACCAUUUGAUCGCAUCCGGUGUUCGCCGCGGUUGCUUUGUGCCCUUGCUGUUUCGCAAGUCAAUAUGGGCCAAUGUUUCAAUGCUUGCUGUCUUGAAAGCGGGCGGUUCAUUUGUUCCACUCGAUGCAGACCACCCUGAGGGGCAUCUAAGAGCAAUCAUGCAGCCUCUGAGCGCCGAUAUUAUCCUGUGCGCUGCUGAGACGAGAGAUCGCGCUGCUCGACUAGCCCGCAGUGCUAUAAUGGUUGAUGAGACACUGGUCAAUGGUCAAUAUGCACAGAAGAACGUCGACCACGCCCCAGAAAUUCCAUCACCAAUGGCACAUGACAUUGCAUAUGCAGUAUUCACUUCCGGUAGCACCGGCGCCGCAAAAGGUGUUCGCAUCAGCCACGAGAAUCUAGCCACCGCCAUUCAUUACCAAGCCGGAGCUCAAGGGUACCAAAUAAACGCGAAUUCAAGGACUCUUGACAGUUCUUCGUACUCCUUCGAUGCCUGCGUGUGCAAUUUCUUCUACACCGUAACCCAAGGCGGUUGUCUCUGCGUCCCAAGUGACGAGACCCUCAAGGGUGACAUUGGCUCGUUCAUCCGCGAAUUCCGUAUCAACUGGGCACAACUGGUGCCGUCGGUUGCCCGAACCCUCGAUCCUGCCAGUUUCCCCGACUUGAAGACACUUAUUCUAACCGGCGAGGCACUAGGUAAGAGCGAUAUUGAGGCCUGGGGGCAUCGGGUCCGUCUAGUAAAUGCGUACGGCCCGACUGAAUGCACAAUUCUUUGUGCCAUUUCUUCGCAGAUAACAGAUCGCUCUCAGUUGGGAUCUAUAGGCAAUGGUCACGGAGCCAAUCUAUGGCUGACAGAAAUUGGAAAUCCAGAUAAAUUGGCACCUGUCGGAGCCGCUGGAGAAAUACUGAUUGAAGGCCCCUUAAUCGGCGCAGGGUACCUUGGACCGUACCAAUAUCCUCUGGUUGAAAACCCGUCGUGGCUCCUGGUCGGCACAAAGAAUGUCCCCGGCAGACGAGGAACCCUAUUUCGUACUGGGGAUCAGGCAAGAUAUGCAGAAGACGGCAGUAUUGUUUUCAUCGGGCGAAUCGGGUCCGAGAUCAAAAUACGUGGUCAAAGAGUGGAUUUACCAGCAAUCGAAUACGCGGUUUCUUCUCAUAUCCCGCGUGGAUUGGAGUUUGCAGUAGAGAUUGUGCAAGUCAACUUUGGGGCCAAGGGCCAUCAAAGGCAGAUGUUGGUGGUCUUUGUCAGUUCUCCCAUUGUUCCUACUGAGGGAGGCUCAAGCGUGCAGCUAGAAAUAAGCCUUCAAGAACUUGUCCCCGAGCUCAGAUCAUGGCUGGACUCUAAACUCCCUGCUCAUUUCCAACCGGAAGCUUUCAUUACUCUUCCAGCCAUACCGAAGACAAGCUCUAGCAAGACAGAUCGUCGUCGUUUGAAAGAGCUUGGGGCACAACUUCGCGUACACCAGUUAACAUGGAUUCGUGGAGAUGUCGUAAAGCCGAUUCGCACUCCUCCAUCAAACAAAGAGGAGUCAGCGCUGGUCACUAUCUGGGCUGAUGUUCUGGGAUUAGACUCUAAAUCUAUUUCGCGCGACGACGACUUUUUCCAGUUGGGCGGUGAUUCCCUUGGAGUCAUGCGACUAACUACAAAAGCCCAUGAGCGCGGUCUGGCAUUGAAGGCGAGUGAUGUUUUUAAAAGUCCAAAGCUCGCUCUACUUGCUCAAAGAAUGACUCCGUUGGGUGAAACCAAAGCCGAAAAUAUUCGUUAUGAACCGUACAGUCUUGUCAGAGGCAUAGGGGACAUUGAAGCGUUUAUCGAAGCACAUGUAACACCAACACUAGAUGUGCACGCCAGCCAGGUUGAGGAUAUUGUCCCGGCAAAUGGAUUCCAGGUGGAUUACAUGCAUAACGCAGAGGAGCCUCUAGGGCUCCAAUAUGCUUACUUGGAUAUCGGUGAGGAUAGUUCAUGGCCAAAAUUAGUUCAAGCAGUUAGGGCUGUGGUACAGUCUUUCCAGAGUCUGCGAUCUCGCUUUCUACUCCAUCAAGGCAGAUACUAUCAAAUUUUUCUUCGCGAGGCUCCUUUGUUGAUAGAAGAAACCACCACACAGGAGCAGAUAACUACCUUCUCCAACCAGUAUUGUCCUACCGAUGGUCGCCGAGCUCAAGUGAGCGAUGUCUUCACUAAGAUCACACUUGUGAGCACUGGGAGUCGCCGACGACGUGUCAUUCUGCGUCUGUCCCACAUGCAAAACGAUGGCUGGUGCAGUGUACGGAUUCUACAAGCAAUCGCCGCCGCGUUUAACGAUGUCAGCAUCGAGAAAACACCGGACUGGACGAGCCUAUUGCAUUAUCGUGUCCAGACAGCAGAAAGCUCCCGCCUGUACUGGCAGAAUGUUCUAAAUGGGACUUCAAGCACAACCACCUCAUUGAUAUACAAACCUGGUGGAAGCAAAGUACGCACUCUACGCUCAUAUGCUCUGCCAUAUUUCCACGAUGCAGACGACAACAGACGGACACGUCCAACUGUUGUAGUGAAUAUUGCUUGGGCACUCGUGCUUCAAAAGCUAGCCAAUGUCCAAGAUGUAGUCUUUGGCAAUGUUACUACAGGCCGCAACGGAGCUAUGCCUGGUCUCGACUCCGUUAUCGGGCCGUGUGUGAACAUGCUACCAUUCAGGCUUCGACUGGAGCCAUUGAAUGAUCGUUCAACUGCUACAAGCAGACGGCAACAGUUACGCGAUCUGGUGGAAGCAUCUGCACAGCAAAUCGAUGACCGUACGGCACACGAGGGUCUCGACUGGGAUGACCUCGUGGAAAGGUGCACGCACUGGCCGUCCGGCACACGCUAUUCAUCUGCGGUGCAUUUCAGAAAUAUGGCCUUUGAACCAGAGCUACGCUUGGAAAAUGACCGUGUGGUGGUUACUUGGUAUGAGCUCGUGGCAAUGCCACACUGGACGACGGUGCUCGUGUAUCCAGAAAAUAAUGUGUUGCGUCUAUGGUUACUUGCAAAUCCAGCAGAAAUUGGCGAGGGCGGUGCUGACGAGAUCCUCCACUUGCUUUCUGCAUACUGUGAGGAGAUUAUAGAGGCGCUUCGGGGAUGA